AUGUGGUUUUCCUUGUUCAACUGGAAACUUUCACCGCCUGACAACUCGUAUGAUGCCCUUUUGCAGCAUCCAGAUUUCAAACUCGUUCAUGUCGCUGAUGAUGAGAAACGUUCGAUGACAGUCAUAUACCCAUCCAAAGAUAAACACCAUCUCAACCGACUCGCAACAAAAGAAUGUCAAUUUUAUGCAUUGUCACAUUUAUGGGGAGCCGAUGCACAUCAACAUCCAUGGCAUGAGAUUGGGACCUAUAUCCAUGAUCGAGAAGGUCGACCCAUUGAUCCUAUACCGAUGCGACCUGAGAAGCGUGAAACGUUGCUUGCAUUAUUGGAGUCAAAGCCUGAUAGUUAUUGGUGGAUUGAUGUUGUUUGUACAAGGGCUGACAUGCCGCUGGUGAUUAUGGGGAGCAUUUAUCGAUAUUGCGUCUGCUGUUAUGCUAUGGUGGAUUGUUUGCCUGCUGCCAUGGAAACCAUUUCUGGAGAAAAGCUUGUGCGGAUGUGCCGAGAUUUCCAUUACCAGGAUCCAUGUUGUCGGUUAACGAUAAAGUGGUCCAAGCAUGUACAAGCACUUGACGAAUUUCUCGAUUGUCAGUGGUGGCAACGUGUGUGGACAUGGCAAGAGAUGGCACUUCAAAAGGGCGUAAUCAUGAUAUCGGAGCGGAGUGGUAAACGGUGGAUGGAUACUUGCAUUGAAGCCGUUCAGCUGGUUCAUUUGUACAAGAUGCGCGCUUACUAUUAUCGUCGUACACACCAAGAUGUUGAAUUGGAGGCACCCGGUAUGCCACUUGUGGAUACACAGCUGAUGGAAUCAUCGCUGAAUAAGAUAUCCAGACAAUGCGCUGAGCUCUUUCGACCAAGAAACUUUGCCGAUCUUACCGUGGAUGGAUACGCAUUGUCAUCACCUUAUGCAUUCUUCAAGCUCAUUGAAAGCCUUGGCAACUCACCACGAACGUGCAUGGACCCUGUGGAUUACGUUUAUGGAGUAUUGGGGUUUCUACUAUGGGACAUUCCCAGAAUGAAACAUCCUGAUGAAGUAUGGCAAGCGUUUCUCUCUCAGCUUGAAGACUAUAUUACACGCUCCCUGGAGGAAUCACAUUAUAUGGGAGGAGGGAUCGUAUCAAUUGAGAUAUCACAAAAAGCAAGGACGUUUGAUUUGGCCAUGGCUAGAAACAUGAAGGAUGUAUAUAAAGGUUUAUUACAAGUGAGAGCCAAAGAUGGAUACUUGUUUAUAAUAUAG